AUGGCAUCGGAAUUUCAUGUAGGUGGCCAAUUUAAUUCACUUAAAGAAAUUCAGGAAACUUUGGAAAAAUACAUGAAAAAACAUCACAUCCAAUUUUAUAAAAGAAAUAGUAGAACUAUAUGCAGUUUUAAAAAACAUUUUCCUUCAAAGAAAAAUCUAGACAUUCCUGAAUGUCUUAAGUAUGGAGAAAUAGACUUCCACUGCAUCCACGGUGGGAAGAAGUUUAAAUCCACCGCUGUUACAAGACUAAAGCAAAAGACCUUCCGACAAAAUUGCAAAGCAUGCAUUAAAUUUCAACUCAGUGAUGAUGGGAAGAAACUUCAAAUUGUUAAAAUGAUCGAAGAACACUCUCAUUUUAUCACAGAAGAAUCAUUUAUGCACCUCCCACAUCAGCGUCACUUAGACAGAGAUGAAAAAGAUGAAAUAAAUCAUAUGCUUGCUGUAAAAGCUAACAAAAAGUUGAUACAGCAGCAUAUGAUGAAAUCUACUGGGAAAGUUAUUACGCUUAAGGACGUUCAAAAUAUAAAUCAAGCUCUUCGAAAUCAGGAUAAUAACAAUUUAACAACUCUGUUAAGUGAAAUGCUUAAACAGAAGGAUUCUGUGACAGAGGUUGUUGUGAAUAAUGCCAAUCAACUUCAGGCAUUGUAUUAUCAGGAAAACAAGAUGAUGAAGUUGUUUGCACACUAUCCUGAACUGCUUCUCCUUGAUGCCACAUAUAAGCUUAACAACUUGCGUAUGCCUCUAUAUGUUUUAAUGUGUGUCGAUGGAAAUGGUGAAGGAAUAGUUGUUGCUCUCUGGAUUGUUGCUAAUGAGGAGAGAGUAACCAUAGCUGAAUUAACAAAUAUAUUUAAAAAACAUAACAAUACCAGUGGUGUUCAAGUUGUUGUGACAGACAAAGACAUGGUUGAGAGAGACGUGAUUAGUGAAAAAAUUCCAAACGCUUCUCUUCAAAUAUGUCUUUUUCAUACCUUACGCACAUUUCGCAGGGAAAUAACUGUUGAAAAAAUGUGUAUAAAGGCAGAGCAGAGACUUCUUGUCUUAGAAAUUCUGCAACAAUUAGUUUACUCUGAUAGUGAGGUUACCUAUAAUAUGCAUUAUGAUAGCCUUAAGGCUCUUAAAUUGGAGUCUGUCAUCGACUAUUUUAAUAUAAAUUGGCAUGGUAUAAGAAUGCAGUGGGUUGAAGGUUUAAAAAAAAAAAAGUUGAACCUAAUGAACAGCACAACAAACCGUGUUGAAAAUAUCAACCAGAAGUUAAAAAGUGUCAUAUCCAAAAACUCUGGGAUGGUCACAUUUUUUUCGGAUUUGAUUGUUACUAUAAGAGUAUUAGAAAAUGAGCGCAGACAUAGAGCCAUAUCGGUUUUUCAUAAAUCAUCCACUAGUUUGAUGUCCAGUACACAAAGAGAGUAUGCCACUUUAGUUACACCUUUUGCCAUGAUUCACAUAAAUGCACAGUUAUUAGCUGCAGAGGAAUCUGAUUUAAUUCAGCAGGAAACUACCAAUAUUUCAUGCAACUGUGGUUUUGCUACUUCAAUGGGUCUGCCAUGCAAACACAUUUUUAGAUUUAGAUUAAAUAGUAGAGAGAGUUUAUUUGAUGAGUGUCUUGUUUUAAAAAGGUGGAGAUGA